AUGCAGAGCACGGCCAACUACCUGUGGCACACGGACGACCUGCUGGGGCAGGGGGCCACCGCCAGCGUGUACAAGGCUCGGAACAAGAAAUCCGGGGAGCUGGUCGCCGUGAAGGUCUUCAACGCCGCCAGCUACCUGCGGCCCCGCGAGGUGCAGGUGAGGGAGUUCGAGGUCCUGCGGAAGCUGAACCACCAGAACAUCGUCAAGCUCUUCGCGGUGGAGGAGACGGGGGCCAGCCGGCAGAAGGUCCUGGUGAUGGAGUACUGCUCCAGCGGAAGCCUGCUCACCGUGCUGGAGAGCCCCGAGAACGCCUUCGGGCUGCCCGAGGACGAGUUCCUGGUGGUGCUGCGCUGUGUGGUGGCCGGCAUGAACCACCUGCGGGAGCACGGCAUCGUCCACCGCGACAUCAAGCCGGGCAACAUCAUGCGCCUGCUCGGGGACGAGGGCCAGAGCAUCUACAAGCUCACCGACUUCGGGGCCGCCCGCGAGCUGGACGACGAUGAGCACUUCGUCUCCGUCUACGGGACGGAGGAGUACCUGCACCCGGACAUGUAUGAGCGGGCGGUGCUUCGCAAGCCCCCGCAGAAGACCUUCGGGGUGAGCGUGGACCUCUGGAGCAUCGGGGUGACCCUGUACCACGCAGCCACUGGCAGCCUGCCCUUCGUCCCCUUUGGCGGGCCACGGCGCAACAAGGAGAUCAUGUACCGGAUCACCACGGAGAAGCCGUCCGGGGCCAUCGCGGGCACGCAGAGGCAGGAGAACGGGCCCCUGGAGUGGAGCUACUGCCUCCCCAUCACCUGCCAGCUGUCCAUGGGCCUGCAGAGCCAGCUGGUGCCCGUGCUGGCCAACAUCCUGGAGGUGGAGCCAGCCAAGUGCUGGGGCUUCGACCAGUUCUUCGCGGAGACCAGCGACAUCCUGCAGCGCGUCAUCGUGCACGUGUUCUCGCUGCCCCAGGCGGUCCUGCACCACGUCUACAUCCACGCCCACAACACGAUAGCCAUCUUCCUGGAGGCCGUGUACGAGCAGACCAGCGUGGCCCCCCAGAACCAGGAGUACCUAUUCGAGGGUCACCUCUGCGUCCUCGAGCCCAACCUCUCUGCACAGCACAUCGCCCACACCACCACCAGCAGCCCCCUGACGCUGUGCAGCGCGGCCACAGAGGCCCCCACGGGGCUGGCCUUCAAGGACCCCGCUCUGGACAUCACCAAGUUUGUGCCCAAAGUGGACCUGCAGGCGGAUUACAACACGGCCAAGGGUUUGUUGGGUGCCGGCUACCAGGCCCUGCGGCUGGCACGGGCCCUGCUGGCCGGGCAGAAGCUGAUGCUUCGGGGAUUGCACUGGUUCUUGGAGACGCUGCAGGCGACCUGCCGGCGGACACUGGAGGUCGUGCGAAUGGCCCUCCUCUUCCUCAGCAGCAGCCUGGGCGCCGAGAGGCUCAGCAACAUGGCCGGGGUGCCUGAGAUCCAGGAACUGCAGAGGGCCUCGGAGCUGAGGUCUCAGCUGCGGACUCUGGCCGAGAUCCUCUCCGGAUUCUCCCGCAGCCUCAUGGAGAAGCACAUGAGCCUGAGCAGCCUGGGCCUGGAGCUGGCGAAGAGCCGGGAUCAGGUACAUGAGGACAGAAGCAUCCAGCAGAUUCAAUGCUGCCUGGACAAGAUGCACCUCAUCUUCAAGCAGUUCCGGAAGGCCAGGCUGAGACCAGGGCUUGGCUACAACGAGGAGCAGAUCCACAAGCUGGAUAAGGUGAACUUCAGCCAUUUAGCCAAGAGGCUCCUGCAGGUCUUCCAGGAGGAGUGCAUGCAGAAGUACCAGGCGGCGCUGGUCACGCACGGCGACCGCAUGAGGCUGGUGCAGGAGGCCAGGAACCACCUGCGCCUGGUCGCCCGCUCCGUGGCUGCCUACAGCGCCGAAGCCCAGGAGGUGCAGGAGGGCCUCAGCAAGAUCCUCGACUGGCUGUCUCUCCAGCUCCUUCAGGACAGAGCGCAGGGGGCCCAGGCCUCCCCAGCCCCCACAGCCCCGUAUUCCAGUCCUGCCCCGGAGGACCUGGGCCUCCAGCUGCAGGACCUGGGUCUCCACAUGGAGGAGCUCUGUAAGGAGAUGAAGCUGCUGGCCUCUGACCUCCAGGACAACAACUGCAUCAUCGAAGGGUUGAGUCGGGUCCAGUUGGCCCCUGACGUCUGA